CACAGGUUGUCAGUGGUUAAUCAAAUGUUGGGUUCUGUAUUUUAUUUUAAAGAGGAUAUAUACUGGUUUCCGGUGUUCGGUACUUUAGUUUGACGCGCAGCUGCAGCUGCUGCUCAGCGGAGUCACAGCCGAGAAGUGGUGGAGGCAGGCGGACAUUGUUGCUUUAACAGAAUGAGCAGUGAUUGUACUGUGAUUUGCUGAUUUAUUUUUGUAUAAUUUUUCAAUAAGGAAACGUUAGGAAUACCGGAAACAAUAUACAAAAAGACGACCUAGGUGCAGAACACUUCGGACUCAUUGUUUUUCUGCAGCCACCCGUGGAAGUGAGUUAAGUAAACCGAAGCGAUCGCAGCCUCCUGAGAAGACGAUGCCAGCCACGUAAAAAUCACAACAUCGGUGGAGUGAGUGUCCCAGCAGCCAGAUUAAAGCUCCGUGAAUCUGUGGACCGUUUGUUUUUUCAAAAACGGCUGUUAUCUUUAGAACACAGCAAGAAGAGGUAACACCAGGACAGUUGUGGCUCAUUGUAUUCUUUCGGCCCUCUGCUGCUGCUGCUGCUGCUGCUGUUGUAGAGAGGAUGGCAGUGGGACAUUAAUGAGGGUCUGCCGUGCUGUUUCACACACGACCUCAUUAGGGAAUUAUCCACCGAGAAGGAACUCUGAGCUCAGUUUAAAAACAGGCCGCGGUGGAAGGAAGAAAGCCAUCUAAAUAAAGACAUCACAUGUUUGUGCCUCGACUUGGCCUCCGGUGUUGGAGUGAUCAUCACACAGGCUCGACGACAUCCACCAGACGAGAUGACGAUGAGGAGCAUCGCGGUUUAAGAGCCUUCUGAUUUAACAUAUUCUCAGGGAGCAUCGGUGGGUUUCAUUGUGAAGAAUGGGCAGCAGUGACGGCGGUGAGAUCGUUAACAGAGAGCUGUCGAAGAUGUCUGACGAGGAUCUGCUGGCGUGUUCCAAAGAGGAGCUGGUGAACCGGCUGCGUAAAGAGGAGUCCGAGAAGAUUUCAGCGCUCAUCCAGCGAGGCCGGCUGAUAAAGGAAGUAAACAAACAGCUGCAGGGACACCUCCUGGAAAUCAGGGAACUCAAAGUCAUCAAUCAGCGCCUGCAGGAGGAGAACACAGAGCUGCGGGACCUAUGCUGCUUCCUGGACGACGAUAGGCUCAAAGUGAAGAAGCUGGCCCGGGAAUGGCAGCUCUUCGGGCACCACGCAGCCAAAGUAAUGCGGGAGGACCUGGGCGGGUACCUGAAGAAGCUGGCUGACCUGGAACGCAUGCAGGACGGGCUGGUGAAGGAGAACUUGGACCUUAAGGAGCUGUGUCUGGUGCUGGAGGAGGAGUGCGUCAGCAGGAGUGACUCCAGCCCCGGAGGCUCCACAGAGCUAAACCUGCCCUGCAUGGUGGCCAGGGACUUGGGGGAUGGGAGCUCCAGCACAGGGAGCGUGGGAAGUCCAGACCAGCUCCACCUGGUAUGCUCACCUGAUGACUGAUGGACAUUUAUGUCAGGCACUGACAGGAAAACACACAGACUUUCCACAUUCUUCUGAUGCAAAUCAUAGACUGUAUGUAGAAAAUGGACGGAGUCACCUAGUUGCAAACAUGAAGCUGCAGGACUUGAGCUGAAGAACUCUACUGGUUGUUAAGGUAACUCCAGAGGAAUGGAAAUUCUAUGUGAAAAUAGGGCUCAUUCUCACUUUAUUCACAGUGCAGUAAACGUGUACUCAAAGGGUUUAUGGUCUACAUUGCUAGCUUCAGGUCUUCUGCAGUAAAAGAAUCACUUCUAGCCUACGCCCUUGUUCUGUGGCAUCACACUGAAUACUGAUAAUGACACAUUUAAACUCUUUUUUAUCCUUUAUUUCAAAUGUCUUAACACGCGUCCUGGAGUUGAUGGAUGGAGUAUGGAAAUUGAUAAGUUAAACUGUCAACCACAUAUAACUGUUGAUUGUAAUGGCCAAUACUUCAAUAGUACUUUUCUGAUUCUGAUGACCACUUCGAUCUUUUUCCCUUUAAGAAUUGCCAUCCACCUAUUUACUGUACAACCACAAGGGGGUGGCAUGUAAACCCACAGGGUUUGGAAUCAAUCCCACAACCUUCCAGUUCAAAAACAACUGCAAUGGCUACUGUUCCACCGCACAGAGAGAGAACCUGAUAUACCCAGGCAGUUGCCAGAUUAAAGGCCUAAAAGUAGACCUGAAGUGUUCGGCCCGGUUUUAUGGGCCACAUGUGUGAUUCAAAGACAAAAGUCUUUCUUUCUUUCUUUCUUUCUUCAGUCCAGCUGUCACCUCAAACACGUGAUCCAUUCUGGUUUUGUUUCGCCUGUUGUGCUUGUUGUUGUCCCGUUUCUACAACCAAGGACCCCUGCCCAGGACCACAAACCUUUUCUAGUGAUUAAAAGCUGGUUGUUCAGAUUGUCUGUCAGCGUUCCCGCUGCUUCUACAACAAAGACUAUGCAAACCAGUCCUUGGAUUUGUGAAAAGGUGCCACCCAGAUCCUUCUUCUGAACAAAAUCUUAAACAAGAGAUUGAAAUCAGCUUUUUAGGAAAACGUUUAUUGUUGGUGUCAUCAAUGAAGUGAGAAGCACAGUAGCCUUAUUUUUCUCAUUUAACUUUCAUUCAUAUGGAGUUCCUUCUACAGCUUCACUGCAGCCUGCAGUUGGACAGCUGCAGCCGUUUCUUAUAUACAGUCUGUGAUGAAGAGGCAUCAAAAGGCCUGACUACUGCAACAAUUUGUGGGCCUCCACUUUUCACUUGACAAAUAUUCUGUGCUGUAGACAAUUUUUGGACGUUAAAAAAAUAUUUGCCAGAAAAAUGAUGAAUUUUACACUCUUUUCUUUUUCUAUGGACUCGUCUGUUUUGCUGGGGAAUCCUUUUUCAGUGUGUGGAAAAAAUUGGACCAAAAAAGUGGGUCACAUAUAUAAAUAAUCUCAUGCACUGGACUAGACUACACUGGUAGAAGCCUUUUUCUAUUGCACUGGAGAGCGUUAUCAUGGGUCUUUACAUCAGUGAUCUAAAGAUUCCUAUAUCCAGUUUUGAGCCAUAUUAAGUCCACUGAAUUCCAAUAGCACUGAUCUAGGCUUACGUGAGUUGUGAUAAAAAAAAAGAUGAAAAGAUUUGAUAUUUGUUAUUCCUAUUGAUACCCAAAAAUGUGUAAUAUUUUAUGCACUCUCUUCCUCAGGGCAGGAUUGGAGUGCCAUAUGUGCAUGAUGAUAGUCACAUAUUUAAUGAUGUGCACCUGGUGAACCAGUCUGGACAUGGAAACCCUUUAGGUUCACUGCAGGGGCUGCUGUACAUACUCUAACAUGUGCUCCAUGAGCCAGCACACUUGUCAGGACAUAAGAGCCUGUGGACCUCACUUUGAUGUGAAGGAGUUAUAUUAUCACUUUUUUAACAAAAAAAAAAAAAAAUCCAACUGGAAACUCUUUUUAUGAAACUGGAAGGUCUAGAACUUUUCUUGCUUUCUCUUCUAUUCUAGUCAAGCCAAGCAGUUUUUAUAACUACAUUGUUGUUGUUGAUGGUGUUUCAUUAGUCUAUCACACUUUCUUUAUGUCGGGCAAAUUUCAGAUUUCUACUCUGUAUCCCAUGCUUUGUAUUUUACCCCGUAGGAAAUUCAACUUUCUUAUCUUAACUCCUUCUUUGUCUUGAUUUUAACUAGAUCAACUAACACAAUUCAGUUUUCAAAUCUGUAGAUGCACAUGGAUUAGAGGAGAUUUCUUUCGUUGUUAGCUGUUUUAAUUGGUGGAUUUCACUUGUAGUGCAUUGGAGAGCUUUAAAUACAUUGGUUAUAUGA